GGGAUAGAUUUCUGAAAUUGGCAACCCUAGCCUGCGCCUCACCUUGUUUCGGUCACGUGACAUGACCACGAAUCUGGUGGAACUUUCGUGUUCCUUGAAGUGAAUCCUCUAAAAGGAGGAUGACAGUCUGAGCUUUGAGGAAAAGUUGACUGUUUCAUGACAUCUGGAACCUAAUCUACCACCUAAAACGGGAAGACUCACCCAGUCCUAUGUCAUGGCCAGUGGUGCUAUUCCUAAAACAGGCACGGCCAAUGGACACCCAAUGAAGGCACAACUGCAAAUAAUAGUGCUAUCAGCCAAACUGAAAGAUAACAAGAAGAACUGGUUUGGGCCCAGUCCGUACGUGGAGGUGGCUGUGGAUGGCCAGUCCAAGAAGACAGAGAAAUGCAACAACACCCACAGUCCCAAAUGGAAACAGCCUCUCACAGUGAUCGUCACUCCUUUCAGCAAGCUGCUGUUCCGCGUUUGGAGCCACCAGACGCUGAAGUCAGACGUACUGCUGGGAGUAGCGACCCUGGAGGUCAGCGAGACCCUCAAGAACAACGACAUGAAGAUCUCGGAGGUGGUGCAGACUCUGCAGCUGACUGCAGACAGAGACCACAUGGACCCUGUGGGCGACCUGUCUGUCUGUCUGGACGGCAUGACGGUGGACCCUGAGAUGUUCUCCUCUGCAGAGGCCAGCCACCAGGGUACGUCCAAUGGGGAGUCCCAGUACAAUGGAGAUCAACAUGGAGUCAGGGGCAGUCGAGACAGCUCUCCAGCAGUGGACGUCGUGGAGCACAGGUCGUCCCCUGGCGGCCGCCGGGCUGUGAAUGGUACGGGGUCUCCCUCGCUGUCAGCAGGGGGCUCCAAGCCCUUCCGCCCCCCUCGGCCCUCCAGACCCCCACCCCCGACCCCACGGAGACCCACCCCCUCCCCAGCAUCCUCCAACGGCUCCAUACCGACAGACGGCAGCGAAGGUCCCUCCAGAUCCAACACCCCGGUCCGGGUCUCUGCCUCCAGAGUGUCCACAGGCUCAGAGCCUCCUCCAGCCCAGGACCAGCCCCCAGCCCCAGGAACCCCAGCCCUGGGACCCCCAGCUCCUGGAACCCCAGCCCUGGGACCCCCAGCUCCGGGAACCCCAGCCCCAGCUCCGGGAACCCCAGCCCCAGCUCCGGGGGUCCCCUCUCCUGCCUAUGGGGCUCCAGCCCCUGGAGCCAGACCUCCAGCCGGAAUCUCCCCUGGUCCUCCUGGACUCCCUCCUAUCAGCACAGGCACAAUGCCCCCAGGAUGGGAGCAGAGAGUGGACCAGAGUGGCAGGCUGUAUUUCGUCGACCACGUGGAGAAGAGGACAACAUGGGAACGUCCUGAACCACUGCCUUCUGGCUGGGAGCGCCGCGUGGACCCCAUGGGCCGCGUCUACUUCGUGGAUCACAUGACUCGCACCACCACCUGGCAGCGCCCCACCAUGGAGACGGUGCGCAACUACGAGCAGUGGCAGCACCAGCGCAGCCAGCUGCAAGGACACAUGCAGCAGUUCAACCAGAGGUUCAUCUUCGGGGAUCAAGUUCCAUCUCAGAAUAAGGAGUUUGACCCCCUAGGCCCUCUGCCGCAUGGAUGGGAGAAACGGACAGACAGCACUGGGAGAGUGUACUUUGUACAUCACCCCACACGCACCACACAGUGGGAGGAUCCACGUACACAGGGGCUGCUGAAUGAGCAGGCCCUGCCAGAGGGUUGGGAGAUGAGGUUCACGGUGGCUGGCAUCCCCUACUUUGUGGACCACAACAGGAGAUCCACAACCUACAUCGACCCUCGCACAGGGAAAUCCUCACUUGAAAAUGGGCCUCAGAUUACAUAUGUUCGAGACUUCAAAGCCAAAGUCCAGUAUUUCAGAUUCUGGUGUCAGCAACUGUCAAUGCCUCAGCACAUCAAGAUCUCAGUCACGCGCAAAACCCUUUUCGAGGACUCCUUCCAACAAAUCAUGAGCUUCAAUGCGCAGGAUCUGCGUCGAAGACUGUGGAUCAUCUUCCCUGGAGAAGAAGGCCUCGACUAUGGAGGGGUGGCCAGGGAGUGGUUCUUCCUGCUGUCUCACGAGGUGCUGAACCCCAUGUACUGUCUGUUCGAGUACGCCGGGAAGGACAACUACUGCCUCCAGAUCAACCCUGCCUCCUACAUCAACCCCGACCACCUCAAGUACUUCAAGUUCAUAGGACGCUUCAUUGCCAUGGCUCUGUUCCACGGGAAGUUCAUCGACACAGGCUUCUCCCUGCCCUUCUACAAGCGCAUCCUCAACAAGCCCUGGGCACUGAAGGAUCUGGAGUCCAUCGACCCAGAGUUCUACAACUCCCUCAUCUGGAUCAAGGAGAACGACAUCGAGGAGUGCGGUCUGGAGAUGUACUUCUCGGUCGACAAGGAGAUCCUGGGUGAGGUCACCACCCACGACCUGAAGCCCGACGGAGGAGACCUCCAGGUGACGGAGGAGAACAAGGAGGAGUACAUCAGGCUGGUGGCGGAGUGGAGGCUGUCUCGGGGAGUAGAGGAGCAGUCCCAGGCCUUCUUUGAAGGCUUCAACGAGGUCCUGCCCCAGCAGUACCUGCAGUACUUUGAUGCCAAAGAACUGGAGGUGAUGCUGUGUGGAAUGCAGGAGAUCGAUCUGGCUGACUGGCAGAGGAACACCAUCUACAGACACUACGCCCGCAGCAGCAAGCAGAUCCUCUGGUUCUGGCAGCUGAUUAAAGAGAUGGACAAUGAGAAGAGGAUGAGGCUGCUGCAGUUUGUCACCGGCACCUGUCGCCUGCCCGUCGGAGGUUUCGCUGACCUCAUGGGGAGUAACGGCCCCCAGAAGUUCUGCAUCGAGAAAGUGGGGAAGGAGAACUGGCUUCCCAGGAGUCACACAUGCUUUAACCGCCUGGACCUGCCUCCCUACAAGAGCUACGAGCAGCUGAAGGAGAAGCUGAUGUUUGCCAUCGAGGAGACGGAGGGCUUUGGCCAGGAGUGAUGGAGGGACAGGAGGGACGAUAGACUUGGGGGGCGGGGAGGGGGAUGUGGGCGUGGAAGGUUUGUGCGAGCGUGUGUGUGUGUGUGUGUGCGUGAGUGUGGCAGCCCCCGAAGCAGCACGCUAGGUCUUACUCCGUCGACCUUGCACUAGCACAACACCACGUUUCCAGCCUCAAACCAGAGAAGCUGCUCCUACACGGCUCUCAGAAUGUCCUCAACUAUUAUGCAUGGGAGCCCCGCCCUCUAUGACAUCAUAUUCAUGGGACGCCGGACUACUGCAGAUCUUUCCCCCACCGUACCAUGCCUCACCUAUGAUGUCUGUAUCCCAAAGCGUUCUCUUGAGAUAUCGGACACUUUUAUUUUGAAAAGGCCUCUGCUGAUCAUGCAGCGUGCAGACGGAGAGGGUGUGGCCUCCCAUAGAAGGCCUUCUUGCACCAAGAUUGUCAUCUGGACUGAUAUUUGAAUAUCUCGAGUCUUGAUUUGUAACAUGGGAUGGUUGACGGUAUUAUUAUCUUACUGAAGACACCAUUAGAAUCUCCCAGAUCAAAUGAAUCCCUAUCCGAAUAAUUUUUAUGAAUAGCAAAGCAAUAUUGUUGGCAGCACUGCAAUGUUUAAAGGAUUGGAAUACCAUCUUGGUGCUAAAAAGUGUCCAUGAAACUGACAAACUGAGACAGGACAUUCUGUUCAACACAUCAAGCAUUUACCUGUGAAUGGAUGAACGACUGUAAGGGGUUUAUGGCUCCCUAUAUUUAUAAUGGUACAUAUAAGAACAUGAAUGUGUCUGCAGGUUGACCCUAGUUUUAUAGGGUCACUGUGACACAUCAAUUACUAUAUAACAUCCUAGUUAACAGUAUUCUGGAAGUGUGAAAUGAUUUGUGUCCAGAAUGUUGACCCUAAGAUGUUACAGCCUAUCUUCUGGAUAGGUGGAUUAAAGAUGAACAUUUAGGCUCCAAUUGUCCAUCACAGAUUAUUCUUAGUCCUAAACUACAAGGUCCAAUAAGCGAAUCUUCACUUUUGGACUUUCUUCAUAAAAAAAAAAAAAAGG